UCUUUAUAAAAUUCAACUUCUCUCACCUUCGGAUUCCUUCAUCUACGUGUUACUCAUUAGGCAUGGCUUCUGAAACGCCCAACGUAGAUAAAGUCGCGCAAGCGCUUAAACAGGUAGCAGAGGAUGGAGAGAAAUUCAUGACCGGCGACCAGGCCGCACGAGAGAGACUAGUCGCAAGUGCGAGAGAGCUCGUUCUUGCAGCAGAAACGCCCGUUGAAACUGUCCUGUGGAACAUAUGGGCAGUUCCAACCAGAACAGUAGCUUCCCGUAUAGCUGUCGAUUUGAAGAUCUUCGAGACUGCCGUCAAGAACGGCGGCUGUCCCAAGUCUAGCGAGGAUCUAGCUGCUGCAACAGGGGCCUCACCUACUCUUGUGAAGCGCAUUAGCCGCGCGUGUGUCUCCAUGGGCAUGCUAGAUGAACAACGCCCUGACGUGUAUGUUCCCAAUGACGUAACAAGGCUCCUAGCGAUCAAAGAAUACGCCGCCGGUAUCACAUUCUCCUUCGAUAUUACUCAGCUGUCCUUCGCCAAAAUGCCAGCCUAUCUAAGGAGCACCAAUUUUCAGAACCCCGAAGAUUCCACGGACGGGCCUUUCCAAUACGCGAACAACUGCCCCUCCGCCUUUUCCUGGCUGGUCCAGCACCCGGACGUAUUCGAAGCCUUCCACGACUACGUCCACACACUCCGCCUGCAUCGCCCUGCCUGGACAGACAUGUAUCCCGUGCGUUCCAAGCUCAUAAAGGGUCUGAAGCCGGAUGGCGACGCCUCAGUCUUCGUCGAUAUCGGUGGCGGCACAGGGCAGAUUCUGCAGGACUUCCGGAGCGAUGUCCCGCAGUACACGGGACGGCUCAUCUUGCAAGAGAUCCCCGAGGUUGUGGCCGCCGCGACCGAGAAGGGCGUCGGUGCCGACGGCCGCAUCGAACUGCAGGUCCAUGAUUUCUUCACCCCGCAGCCCAUCAAGGGCGCUCGCGCGUAUUUCAUGCGCUCCGUGCUUCACGAUUGGCCGGAUGAGCAAUGUCGGAAGAUACUUGCCCAAUUGAAAGACGUCAUGGAGCCGGGAUACUCCAAAAUCCUCAUCAGCGAUUGUGUUAUCUCCGACCAGAAUGCUGCAUGGCAACAUAUAUCAAUGGACCUUUACAUGAUGGCCCAGUUAUCAUCUCGUGAGCGCACUGAGCGUGAAUGGCGCGAGCUCAUUGAUAGCUGUGGCUUAGACAUCGUGGGCAUUUAUAACAAAGGGGAUGGGAAUGAAGGUCUCAUCGAGGUUGUUCGGUCUGUGUGAGUCUAGAGGAUAGUAACCGAGGUAUUCGAGUAGCCCUAUUACCCCUAUUAAUCCCUGUCAUUCUAUGUGGCUGUGCACGGUUAUGGCUUAGACUCCAGCCCCGAAUUCAGCCCUGAAUGUCGUCAUCUCACUCCCUCCAUCGGCGGCCUAGGGACCCGACGGGAAUCUAUGUACCCCAAGCCCCGGGACUUUGGAAGUUAUCGGAUCUAGUAUUUCCAUAUUCUGUAUUUAUCGAAGGAUACUGCGAUUUCUAGAAAAUGGGUGAUACGGGCCCCGGUAUCCCGUUAGAGCGAAGACCAGCGGUAAGACUUUCCCGUUAACUAAAAGAAACCACGUUUAGCA